UCAAAAACUAUUUUCUUGAAUUCUUUGUUGCAUUUUCCUAGCAAGGGCAGCUAACAUAGGCAGCUCAUUUUUCACUUACAGUUUCAGCUCAAAGUGUUCAAAAGUUACAAGCAGCACUCACGGCUAACUGGCUAAUACAGCUAGCUACGUCGCAAAGGGGGAACCGUAUAAAGAAAAUGAACAAAAGCUGUAGAAUAGCAAGUCAGCUUCGCUAACUUACACGUACAUUUCUGUGUGUGUGUGUCGGGUGCAAGUAACUUGCAAUGCCGCGGAAGGUCGCUGCUAGCUGCAAACUUGAGUAUUGCAUGUAAGAAUUAUGCGUGGUUUAGCUAGUCAUUCAUAAUAACGGCAUCGGGUUUCGGGGUCGAAAGCACAGUGUUAGCUCUGUUUAGCUAGCCAGCUAAACUGGUGGGAUUGCCCCUUUAUCUCGAAAUCUUUAUUGAUGACCUAUACAAAAUGGACGAGCUCGUCGAUGUGGAAGCGUCAUGUCUGGUUUGAGACAGAGGGGAGAGUUGGCUAACUAGCUAGCUAGGCGGCUACCAUUUGCUAGCUAACUUGCUAGCUAGCUACCGCUGACGACUGGGGAGCGACAAGAAAACGCAGAGAUGUUUAACCCUCACCACCACCAACAACAGCAGCAGCAGCAGUUCCACCAACACCUGCGGCAGCUCCAGCAACUCUUUCAGCAACAACCCCCACCUCCACCUCCGCCUCCUCCACCCCCACCACAACCUCCACCGUCGCACCAUAUGCCGCACCACCAUCAAGGAGGCCGUACCAUGGCUGUCCCUGGCCCAGCACCCCCCCCUGCCCGCUUGGUCAACCUCUGCUCCGCCACUCAGGCCACCAUCAUCGCUCCCAACCCUAUGCUGCAGGGGGCGCUACUCAUGCAGCAGAUGCAAGGUAACAUGAGGGGGUUCGCGAUGGGGGCCCAGCCCUUCCCCCCGUUCUUCCCGGCCGGGGCGCGGUCAUCCCUCCUGGGUCCGGUUCCCAUGGGCGUGGCCAUCAAGACUCCGCACAUGGGCUUCCCCCCGCGGCACUACCACAUGCACGCGCGCUACUACAACAACUCUCAGCAGGACUAUGCAGCCCGGCCUCCGGAGAGGAGCCGUGAGAGCGAGCUGCGGGCGCUGCCGGCGGGAGACAGCCGACCGGGGGGCAGCGGCGUCGAGGGGGAGCCCAGCGACAGGGCCGCGGUCAGAGAGGAGACAGCUGCGGUGCCUGAAGGACGCACAGAUUCUCCUGCCGUGCAGCAACAGGAGGAGCCGGCCGUGAAGAGGCCCAGAACUGAGGGCAGGACGGAGGAGCCCAUCGCCCUGCCCCCACCAGUGGAGAGUGUGCUGAGCGCCGAUUACAAAAGCCCUGUGGACAGCACGCUGCCUGGGGACUGCGUGACACUCCAGGAAGGCGGAAGUGCGGCCGGGCCAGAGGCCGUAGAGUUUGUGGAGGAGAGCAGAGCGGCGGAGGUCCUGGGGUCGGAGGAAGCUCCGGAAGCCAUCGCCCAGGCCAGCAGCGAGACCCAGCCGGAGGACGCCGGGGGGGGCGCAGAGAUGCUGGACCAGCGGGCGGACGGGGACAAGAACCCGGGGGGAGAGGCCGCCAACAGAUUCUACUGCUACAUCUGCAGCAUCACCUGCCAUAACCAGCAGAACUUUCAGAGCCACAUGAACGGGCUGGCGCAUCAGCAGCGCAUGAUGGAGAUCCAGCACAUGAGCAACGCCUGCCUGGUCACCCUGCUGCCCCGCGUGCAGGAGUCUCUGCAGGGAGUGCGCCGCGACGGGGAGAAGAGGCCGGGGCUGCAGCGGUGGUGUGCGACCUGCCAAACACACUUCACCAGCAACGUCAUGGACCACCGGCGCACCAAGGAGCACAAGCUGCUGAGCCGCUCCUCCUGCCCCUCCUGCACCGUCUGUAAGCUGAGUUUCAGGACGUCCCGCCAGUUUGUGGCCCACAUGGACUCCCCCGAGCACCAGCGCAGGACCGAGGAGCUGCAGGGGGAGGGCGGAGCUGAAUCUCUGGAGGGGUGUAUCCCGGUGGAGGCGCAGAGCUGCGCGGAGGCGGAGGACUUGGAGGAAGAGUUCAGUGAGGAUGAGGAGGGGGAGGAAGCCCUGGAGGCUAGCCCCCUGGACCAGGGAGGGUGGGAGGUGCAGAAGGAGGUGACACUGGAGGACAUGCAGGACGAUGAGGAGUAUGACUCAGAGACGCAGUACGGCCCCAGCUUCAUGGUCCCCGUGGCAGGGUUCCUGUGUAGGCUGUGCCACCACUUUUACCCCACUGGGUCCCCGGCCCGCCUGGCACACUGCAGGUCCCACGUGCACUUCCAGAACCUGCAGAAGUACCGGGCCUCGCGGACCCAGGGGGAGCCGCCCGACACCGUGCCGGGGCCAGCCACGGGGACCUGCAAACGGGACAGCCCCCAGAUGCAGGGAGACGGCCCCAGCCCCGCGGGCGGCGGGGGGCCUCAGGACGAGGCCGAGGCCAGUUCGGGGACCCCCACGCCGGCCGACCCGGCCCCAGAACCACAGCCCGCAGAGAGGGAGGGCGAGGAGCGGUCCCCCCAGGCCCCGCCCAGCCCCCCCGCUCCCAGCGUCGCGCAGGAGGAGGAGGGGGAGGACGGGGAGGGGCCGGCCGAGGCGCCGGAGGAGAAGGGCCCGACCGUCCGGGCCCCGUCCAGGAGAAGGUCCGGGAGGGCCACACGGAGGCGCUGAGGAGGCCGGGAGGGGGGGGAGACGGACGGGAGAGACGGCCGCAAGAACCCAAACACAUACUCCUCACCCCUGGAGCUGGGCGUUUCUGAUUGGCCAACAAGGGGUGGAGGGAGGGAGAGCAACACCCCCUCUGCUGUCGGAAUCUCGGACCAGGGGCCCCAUCAGUAACCUACUGGACCGGGCUGUUUAAGGGGGGGUUUUAGGGGGCCCACCCCAGAUACAAAGGAGCUGAGGCAUGGGUUUGGGGAUCCAAACCGUUUAUGUAAUUGUUUUGAGUAGCUUUGGCUUGACCUUAAAAGUGUUAAAAAAAGAAAAAAAAGAAAAAAAAACAGAAAACGUAAGAGUUGACGAGAGUGAAUGUCUGUUGGGAGACGGCGACUCUGAAGCGGUGGCACCGCGAGACCACUUUGCGUUCUGCCUCGUCGGUACAGUUGACUUAGCAGUUAGUUUGGAGUUGAAUCUGCAACGCUGUGGAUCGUGUUUUAUUAGUGAGCUUUAGAACGUAACCGCACAGAACCAAGACAUGCUCAUCGCCGGGUGACCAGCCUUCAAACCUUUAAAAUCUACUGUAAAAAAAAAAAAAGUGUUUCAUGAUUACUGUGCCGUUUCUGACUACGGAGAAGGACAUUAAUGAUUGGGUUGAGCAGGUCGGGCUUCUGGAAGGCACUUCUCUGCUGAAGGGAGAGUUUGCUGUCGACAUUUGCACCACUGCACGCUAACCCCAGUCUUACAUUACAGUGCAAACUCAUGAAUGUUAAGAAGGCACAUUUUACUGUCCAGCGUCCAAAGGCUGAAAAGAUUUUAGCAGGAAAGCCCCAUAAACCCUAAAGUUUGGUCCCAACUUCUUUUUGUGGGGUCAGGCCACUUCAGAACCCUAGAAAUGGCUCUACUAGUGCUUCUUAAGUCAAAAUCCAUCUGGCUCUUGCAGAAAAAGAGUCGCUAAAUGCUAUCGCUAAAUGUUAAUCGAUCUGUCCUAAAUGCUCAAAGGGGAGAUUUUUUUUAAUGGAUUUUUUUUGUGAAAGAUUUUGUUUUAUUUAUGUAGUUGAUGCACUGGAUUUUUUUUUUCUUUUUAAACUCUGCUAUACCCAAGACGAAGGUACUAAAGGCAUACGCCCCCCAGCCAAACCCUGUGCGGUGUUUGACACUGUGGAAAGAAAUACCACAUUGACGUGUAGCCCCCGAUUGUCAAGGAUUUUAACCUGUUUUUGCACAGCUGUGUGCCUCAGGACGGGUGGGCCUCGUCCCACUCCGGUGCGACCCAGCCCACGUGCCCCUGCAGCCCAGGCUGGUGGCAUUAGAGUGGACACGGACCCCACCCGCCCUGCGCCAGGCAGUGACUCACGCCUCAGGUGACCAGUGUCUCAGACCGGGAUUAUACGUGUCUGUAAUCUGAGCCGUUGGGAGUCUUGUGAGCGUUUCCCCACACAGCCCAGCGGCAAAGGGAAAUGGCCACCGAGGUGUAAACCUGUUAGCGCUCACCUUGGCUGUAGCCUGUGGUUUCCACACAGCGCUGAACAAGGCCCGACGCAGGUUGGUCAGCUCUGGUCCUGAGUCGACAAAACAUCGGUUGUGUAAUUCGUUGUUCCUUUUGAGGUCUCGGUUAUUAACUGAUGAGCCACCUGUCCCUCAUUGGCUGUGCUUUUUACGCUUAGUCCCUAAAGUACUUUUUAAUUGCCUUUUUUAAUUACUUUAAUUACGAACACAUCUUUGGUUCGCGCGGUUGGCCAGCAGACGGGGUUUGAGGUAAGCAGGCGGGCUUGACCGCACGUUGACCGCAAAAGCAGGAGAUUACAGGACUCCAUGUUUGAGCCCUCGUGAGGCCGGUGGACGUCAGGAGAGCGGCGGUUCCGCUCUGGUGAACGAAUGGCGAAGGGGGCCUCUGGAGAUCGAAACGGUUCCGUUUCCUUAGUUGCCAGUUGACCGAAUUGUGCUAGUCCGUUAAGACUGCCCUUCCUGGUCUCCCAACAUCUUUAAAAAUAACCUCAAGCAAUUUUCUGCAGCUCUAAACCUUUUAUCCCCUGAACAAAUAGCCUAGGCUACAGCCGUUCAGAUGAAGUUUCUCCCUUUUUGAUGACAAUUCAUUUGGAUAAAAAAAACAGCUCAUUUUAUUCGUUGAGUGAACGGGCCGAUACCUAAUUUCUGGAGGCUCGAUGAAAUGGAACGAAGACCUCUUAUGAAGAAAUUACACCGUCGGUUUCAUAAUGCAGUUCCGCUCCACAAAUGAAAAACUAAAAUUGAUCAAAUGUGUGCCCUUUUGGUUUUUAGCUGCUGGAAAUUUGUCAUGUAUUGUUUUUGAUGUUUUUCCUGUAUUUGGGUCUUUUUAAUUUAUAUAUUAAAAUCUUUGACAAUUUA